AUGUGCGUUCUUCAGCUCCUUGUGCCUACUUCUGAGACCUUUUCUCCCGUCUCCUCUCUCCGUUUCGCCGUCUCUCCGUUUCCCCCGUCUCUCUGUUUCCCCCCCCCUCCCACACCCUACAUCCCCCCAUCUUCCCGCCAUCCCCCCGCUCGCCAGUCCAAGUGGUGCUGUGUGCGCGCGGAGGACGACGCGACCAUCUACCAUCCCCCCAUCCUUCACCCCACCCACACGCCCCAUCCCCCCAUCCUUCUCCCGUCUGUCCGUUCCCCUUCCAAGUGGUGCUGCGUGCGCGCGGAGGACGACGCCACCAUCUACCGCAAGAAGGUCAUGAUGAACGUCACGGGGGGCGUGGCUCCCGGCAACCUGCUGGCUGUCAUGGGCCCAGAGGGAUCAGGGAAAUCGCUGCUGCUGCACAUGCUGGCGGGGCGGCUGGAGGGCGACCCUAACUUCCGGGGCAGCAUAGAGUACAGCGGAAAGCCGUUUGGGGCGACGCUGAGGCGCGAGAUUGGCUUCGUGGAGAAUGAUGUGGACCUGCAGGCCAAUCUCACGGUGAAAGAGACGCUCAUGUUCGCGGCCAUGCUGCGCCUGCCAGAGGGCACGGAGGAGAUCGAUCAGAUAGUGCGAGUGGAGCAUGUGCUUGAUUCACUGGAGCUCACUCACUGUGCGGACAAGGUGAUAGGGCGCACAGGGCGCAACUCGGUGCUGUAUAACGAGCUCAGGCGGCUGGCCAUCGGGGUGCAGAUGAUCGUCAACCCGCCGCUGCUGCUGCUGGAUGAACCUACUUCGGGGCUUGACGGUGCCAUGGCUCUGCGCAUCACAAGAGCACUCCACUCGUACGCUCUUGCGGGAAGAUCAGUGGUAGCAACGAUGAAGCAGCCCUCAUCCAAGAUGUUCUCUCUCUUCACGCACCUGCUUCUCAUCACCGAUGGCAACCCCAUCUACUUCGGCGCGGCUGAUGCCGCUCUGCCCUAUUUCGACUCCAUUGGAUACAUUAUGGCUCCCGACACCAGUGCCGCAGAAUUCUUCCUGGACCUCACAGCUCCCGAAGCAGCAGACGCCUCGAUCCAUUUCGGCACGUCCACCAACCUCAUCCGCCUGUGGGCCACUGGGGACGCCGCCAGGGAGAUAGAACGCGCUGCCAUGCCCUCUGGGGCUGCCUCUGCUAAAAGACGCGCGGGGAAAGAGGCUGGGAAUGGGGAUGUUGAGGAAGGGGAGGCAGCGGGAGAGGGGACGGGAGGGGGAGAGGAAGGGGGGGUGGAAGGGGGAGUGGGAACACGAUUCUGGGUGCUGGCGUGGCGGCACGUGCUGUCAUACCGCGUGGUGAAUCAGGACUGGAUCUUCGUGGGUGUCGUGGCUGCGAGCCUUGUCCUGUGCUCCUUACUGCCGGGCUGUCUGUGGUACAAACGAGACCCCACCACAGCGCAGGGCGUGAGGGAUCUCGCAGGGCUGAUUUUCUUCUCCCAGUUCUUCUGGGGACUCGUGCCCAUGCUCACCUCUGUCAUCACCUUUAUGGAAGACCGCAAGUCAGUCCAAAAAGAGCAAGAGGACGGUGUGUAUCAUAUCUCCGCGUACUACGCCGCCCGCACGCUCCUCAGCCUGCCGUACGAGAUCCUGCCGCCCGUCUUCUACAGCUGCAUCGUCUACUGGAUGACCGGGCUGAACCCGUCGGGCGGCCGGUUCGUCUUAUUCACGCUCGUCCUGGUGCUAGAUACGAUGGUGGCUUCGUCCAUAGGGAUGGCGGUCGGCACGGCAUCGUCUACAGUGAAACAGGGGAUCUCGAUAGCGGCGAUCCUGCAGCUGCUGUCCGUGAUGGUCGUGCAUUUUUUGUCUCUUAGUCCCCCCGACUGGGUGGGAUGGACGCAGUACCUCUCCUUCUCGACCUACAUCAAUAAGUUGCUAAUGCGCAUCAACUUUGAUUCCGCUGAAUACUACACUGGCAACUGUACCACACCACCUUCUAACGGGGAUAUGAGCAGCAACUCGACUGCCACUGCCAACACGUGCUCGUGUGCAGCUACUCUGGAGCUAUCGGGUAUAAAGAACCCGUCACCAGGGAAUGGGUGGUUGGAGGCGAGCAUUCUCGUCGCUAUGCUAAUCUUCUUCCGCCUGCUUGCUUUGCUUAUUGUGAAGCUUCGGUUGCAGUCGUGGCGGUGGUAUCGUAAUGGCCGCACAUAA